CUACGAGUGCGAGCUCCGCUCGCUCAACGAAUGUAGUGUUGGCUGUUUAAGCAAAUGCGAUGGACUUGCGCAUCCAUAACAAGCAGUUGAUGAUCGUGACGUGUGUUGUCAAUUCACUUUAUGGCAUUACGGCCAGCGGAAAGACCUGGCAAGAAGUGGCGGGAACUAGUGGUCAUAAACGUAGAACAAGGGGGCGAGAAGAUACACCAUCAGAGCAGUAACUAGGUGGAAAAUCGAUAUUCAUUCAACGUAGAUUCUCGAUACCAACAUAAUGAUAAUGUUUAAAUGGUCAUUUCUGAAAAGCUGAGCGAGACAUGUCGACAAACGAAGCUCAAUCGGAUCAGGAUCAAAGUGCUAAAAAAGAGGAUGAAAAAAAAAGCCUGACAGCGGCUGAAGAUGUAAAGGAUCCUUCGACAGUGACAAAAGAAACUGCGAAGGAAUCUGAAACGACUAGUUCAGAGGCUUAUUGGGCGCGAGCAAAAUGGGCAAAGGUACCGCAACCUAUAGAAAAUCACGCAAAACAGUGUUCCCGACGAGUAAAGGAAAUACGGGACUUUUCGAAUAGUCUGCCUGCCAUGGCGGGGGUAGUAUGGAUCGAAGUUAAGGGUGAAAUCGACUGCUUGGAGAAGCGUCUAUAUCAGCUCGGCACGACCCUGAAGUCACUGCAAAGCGCAAUCGGCGAUCUCAGGCUGAAGAUGGCAGACGAACGAGCACUUUUUGAAACACUUUCAGGCUUCGAAUCUCUUCCGCCUCGGGGAAAGGAGAUUGUUGCUAGUUCCUACUUCAACCUUGUGGCAACAGACCUGAGGAGAAGGAUGCAAAACCUUGCAGCUCGAGUCAAGCAGAUAUUAAGCAUGCGAGCACCUGAGGGGAAAACAGAUCCGACGUCGCAAGCUAUGUUGCUUCGUAGGGUUAUAGUCAAGAAUCAGGAGAUUUUAUCUGCUACGGCCGCCAGAAUGUAUAACAUUCAUGAACAGGUGUUAGAGCUCGAGCACCAUAUGGUGGAUAAUCAGCACGGGCCGCGGAACAACGCUUGGGCCUAUUCCACUUUCACCAGCUUAUUGCAAAGUGGCACUUCCGGUAAUACACACUUCGUUUAUGACUCGUCCAGUAAAUCUAAUGCUGGACCACCCCCACUUGAACCUAUUACUGGUCUACGACUGUAUUCUGCCAGCGGCGAUCGUCGACUGCCUCUUCUAGGACCAAGGAAAGAGACGUCCUACCGAAUUGACAAUGAGAGUUUAGCGUAUGUUGGGAUUCCAGAUCCAUCAGGACCACAUAUCAUAAAAGUGGAUACAUCAAAACAGCGACCAAUCAUCCCAAAUUACGAUCUUCGCUCUCCGCUCGAACCGUCUGAAAAAGCACAUGCAAAGUCAAACAAAAGCGAGCAGUAAUUCCGUGACGGAAUAGAGUAUUAAUAGGACAUCUGGAGAUUCCGUAUUUUGAGGAAUUUUGUAUUUGUGGCAUGACAAUCGUAGGGCACCAGUUUUUGCAGUGGGCAAUGGCGGUACGUUGCGCGGCGUCAUGAGUAAAAUCUGACAGAUCCCGAAAAAAAUGUUAUAUCUGUAUUCAACGGAAAGACAACGACAUUGUCUACAAUAUACUGCCAUUUGUCUAUUGACGUAUGAUUACUGUCAUUUGCUUUCUAAUAAACGUGUAUCAAAUGGC